AUGUUACACUUACCAACUAACAACACUUUAUUAGAAGCUACUUUGAUUGAAUUGAACGAAGCAUGGUUGAACAAUGCUCCAUUGGUUGUAGAUAGAAUUGUCUCUGAUUUCGAUCAUACAACACUACAUUUGUUGACUCCAGAUAAUGAAAAUAGACAAUGGGUGUACUUAAGUAUUGUCCUUAUGACAUGGUCUUCACUAUGUAAAUGUAGCAAUGAGGAAUUCUUAUUAAGAUAUAUCCAAUCCAAAUUCGACAAGUAUAAUAACGAUAGUGAUAACUCUAACAUCAUUGAAAUUUUACCAAAAAAUCAAACUGUUCAAGGCUAUAAUUUGACUCUACGUUUAGAUAUAUCCAAAUUGAACAACCAAUCAAUUACUGAUUUAUCACUAUUGAAGACCCAUAUCAUGAGUUAUCCAUUCCAAUUAUCAUUCCAGAAGUUUAACCAGUUGUCAGCAAUGGAAGUUGCGCCAUCAAACGAUGCUGUCUCCACCUACAGAAUGCAAUACCGUGAGGAUGAAAAUAUUUACAUUCAACCAUCAAACGAUAGAAUAACAGUAAUCUUUGAAACCAUUUUUAAUGACGAAACUGAUAAAAUUUUUAGUAAGGUAUUUUUACAAGAAUUUGUCGAUUCUCGUAAAAGAAACAGGUCUAUUCAAUCUGCUCCACAAGUAUUAUUUUCAAACACACCACCAAGGGAAAUUAUUAACAUAACUACAAAUCAAAACAAGGAUGUGGAUUCUAAAUUUAUAACAUUUGUUUUAUUCCCACGUCAUUUCAGUAAUGACGAGAUCCAGUUUAAAACAGUAUGCAAACUUUUACAAUUUAGACAUUAUUUCCAUUAUCAUAUCAAAUGUUCAAAAGCAUUCAUGCAUUCAAGAAUGAGAUUUAGAGUGAAUAAUUUCAUUAAAGUCUUGAAUAGAGCAAAAUUUGAUUCUAAUGAUGAUGAAGAAAAUGGUACUAGUAGUGGUCAACUAGAUGAUAAAAGAAGAACAAUAACUGGUAGAAAGAUGGUAUAUUAA